CGGGGCCGGGGAAAGCGCUCGGUCCAGCCGGGGCCCUGCAGUUGGGGUGGGCCGGGGCGGCGGCCUGGGCGCGGGAUCGCGAGGCCUGACGCCCCGCCGAGCCCUGCGCAGCCUCCUUCCCGGCCGGCCGCACGCAGCGGGCUGUGUGGGAAGAGGCUGGCGGUGCCCGGUCGGAACACUGUGGGGGUGCGAUGGGCCCAGGAGGUGACGCGCUGCAGCCCCUGAUAACCUUCCAGCUCGCGGCAAUCCUCCUGCCUCAGCCACCCGAAGCUAGGGUUGCGUUGUAGGCGUGGUGACCCGUGCCUGCCUGGGGUGGGACCUCUUUGCUUGUGCCUAGACCAUUCAUCAAACAGAGUGCAUUCAAGAGCUGCAAGUUUGUUACCCAAGAUGAUGAAUGCUGACAUGGAUGCAGUCGAUGCUGAAAAUCAGGUGGAAUUGGAAGAAAAGACUCGACUUAUUAAUCAGGUGUUGGAACUCCAACACACACUUGAAGAUCUUUCUGCAAGAGUAGAUGCAGUUAAGGAAGAAAAUCUGAAGCUAAAAUCAGAAAAUCAAGUUCUUGGACAAUAUAUAGAAAAUCUCAUGUCUGCUUCUAGUGUUUUCCAAACAACUGAUACAAAAAGCAAAAGGAAGUAAAGGGUUCACCUCCCUCUUGUCAUGGAGUUGCUGCUUUUUUUUUUCUCUAAAGCUUGGAUAUGAUCCAGAAGUUACAGUAUCCUCCUUUGCUUCCUUGAGUAUUUAUAAAGAGAAUGUCAGAUCUAGGUAAUAUUAACUGCUUAACAGGAACCAUCCCUAAGUUAACAUUAUAUGUAUUACGUUAGUCUAUGACAAUGUAGAGACUUUAUAAUUAGAAUUACAGAUAUUUAUGAAACUUGAAGAUGAAUGUUUUGCCAAUUUGCUUAUAUAUAUAUAGGUUUAGCACUGUCUUUUAUCAUAUGCCUAACUCGUAAAAUACACAAGAGAAUAACCAUGUUGUGACAAAGUGACCAAAACCAUGUACUGAAUGCACAGCUCUGUACCUUGUCCACCGUCGUGUGCCUCUCCUCCAUCUGCCUCUUCCUGCCCAUCUCCCUGACAGUAACCUGAGUAGUUGUCACCUACCAGAGCAACCUGAACUGUAAUUGUUGAUUCUUAACCAAAAUAAGACACUUUCUUAGCUAAAGCUUGCUAUUUGUGAUAUUUAGUAAUAAGAUAGGAUUGCUGGUUUCUCUUUAAUCAACUGAAAAUAGAUUGAAGCUAUACAAAAUGAAGAUUUUCUUUGAAAUGUAAAUUGUCACAUUGAGAAACUCAACACUCUCUUUUGCACAAAUAGCCCAUUCAGUGUUGAAAAGAUCAGAGUGCUGGUCACAUGUGUGUGAAAAAUAGAAAAUCUUGAGGAAAGAUAGAAAGAGGGGGGAAACUGGAUAAACAGAAGUAACCAGCUCCAAAUCCUUUCCCUCCAGAUGUGUUACCUCUGGCCCACAGUUGCACUUUUGGGACAGUAUGAGAGCAGACUAAGUCUGGCUGACAUAAGCGGGUUAAGUAAGCCACAUGUCAGAGAGAGACCAGUUAAGAAUUUGGUCUCAAGAUUUGUUUGUACCCAGGAGAUGAACUUUUGCGAAAUGAAUUGAGAAUAUAUUAGUAUCAGAAUCAUGAAUAUAAGGGAGUUUUGUAUAUGUGAUACUUGUUAACCUUAGUAUUUUAUCUCAGUUGUUUUCCCAGAAUUUUUGUAAACUCAGCUACGUUGUUUGCAUAAUUUUAGUCAUUUCUUUUAAUAAUUUUUAAAAAUUUAGUUUGUAGCUUUCAUUUGAUAAAGGAGUUGAUAUUGAAAGUAAUAUUGAAAUGUUACAAUAGGGAAGAUCCACUAACGCAACUGAUGGCUCUUAGAUUGGGCUGUGCUGACUCGUGGAAUUAUCUAAUGUAUUAGUGGUGAUAGCUAUAUGGACAUGUAAUCCUCACAUUGCAGAUAUUUUGCAACCCUUUUGUGACUGCAUUACAAAUAUUUAAAAUUGUGUUCAGGUUAUGCUUUGCUGUUUAAUAAAAAGCUGUUUCAGA